AUGUUAGUUCUUAUGGCCGCUACCCGUACUUAUGUCGCGAGCCUAUGCCAAAAGGUCUAUCGAUGGGCGAACGAAUUGGAUACGACCCUGGUGACGAGGUUAUCUUCGAUAUCGGGCAUCGAGACGCUUCGAAAUAGUUACGAGAAUGCAGAGAGUCUGAGUCUGGUGGAAGUGAACGGCACGGAGUUGCUGCUCAAGAUGACCUUAGAAAUGGAGAAGAACUUGCAGCGAAAGAAAAACGCUCUCAAGCGCCUGGUGAAAAAAGCGGAGGAAGCUGUGGUCAAGCACAAAUUCGUCGCCGAUCUCACGCGGGAGGAACUGGGCACCGUCAUGCUCAAGGACCUCACGGAAAGCGACGGCUCGCUUCGCUACAGCGACAAGUUCCACCGCUACGUGAACGAGUCCUACUCGGGGGCCCACGUCCCGCUGGAGAUCUACGAAGAAGACGCCGAGGUUCUGAACGGGCUCAAGUGGUCUCAGGCCUUGGACGAGGCCUUCCGACAGAAUGCCGGGAAGGACCCGGAUCUGCUGUGGCAAUACUUCGGCAGCGAAGUGGGAUACAUGAGGAUGUUUCCGGCAAAUCGUUGGAAGGUCGCCCCUGGAAAGCCAGACCUCUUCGAUGUCCGAAUGAGGCCUUGGUUUAUUGACGGCUCAAGUUCGCCUAAAGAUGUCAUUGUACUAAUGGACACAAGCGGCAGCAUGCACGGCCCCUCCAUGGAGAUCAUGAAGCUUUCCGUCAAGUCCCUCCUGAAGACGUUUGAAGAAAACGAUUUCAUCAACGUGGCUUGGUUUGCCAGCGAAGUCCGGUGGGUGUCCUGCUUCGACACUCUGGUGCAAGCCAACAGGCGAAAUAAGCGGAUACUGUCCAAGAGCAUUGACCGGAUUACCGACGGUGGCACCGCAAGUUUGUCGCACGCACUGGACUUCGCCUUCCAAAACAUGGCAGACUUCCAAGAAAAUCGGACGACGUAUGCCGGCGCGGAAUGCAUCCAGAUGAUCAUGAUCUUCACGGACGGUGGCACGGAAGACCCAACCCCAUUGGUCAAGAAACUCAACACUGGACUUAAGAUUCGCAUCUUCACUUUCGUUGUUGGACCGCACCCGAUACCGUACGCUACCCUCAAGGCUCUCGCUUGCAACAACAGAGGAUACUUUACGGCUAUUACAUCGUUUGGAGCCAGUAGGUACAAGGUGCAGGAGUACCUCAAGGUGCUCAGCCGACCUAUGGUGCUUUCUGGGGAGAAACAAUUUGCCUGGACCAAUUUCUGCCAAGAUUCAGGGGGAAUCGGCCUGUUGACGACGGCAACUCUUCCUGUUUACAACAAAACCCAGGGCACAAAAGAUCAGGCAAUCGUGGGGGUCAUGGGAGUGGAUGUAUCCCUCGAAGAGCUCAAAGAUCACGAACCCACGUACAAGAUCGGCCCAUCGGGAUACUCAUUUAUGAUCAACCGCAAUGGAUACGUCAUGUACCACCCAGACAUCAAGCUACAGCUUGGGUCCCUCGAGGAGCCACUGGACAUAGAUUUUCUCGACGUGGAGAUUGAGAAUCCAAAAAAGGAAAAGAUUAGGGAGCUAAUGAUUGAAGGCCGCUCAGGAAAAGAAACUCUAAGGAGCCUGAUAAGGAUGCCGGAUGAGAAACAUCUAGUCCCACAGAACAUGGUAUAUUUCUAUACACACAUGAACGAAUCGGAGUUCGGCGUUGGACUGGCGUUCCCAGAAAGGAGAAAGUUGUACGUGCGUGUGGAAGGGAUGCGUGCUGAAGACGGUUUCAAGCCAGAAACAGAGAAAGGAGAUGGUGUCCUCUUGGCUCCGUGGCGCUACUGCAAAAACGUGGCGCGUCCCAAGGGACCCACGGGGAACCUAAGCCAAGUCCUGGAAGCGUACCGGACAGACCAUCGUCAGUGCGAUCCUCUACUCAUGCAGCGACUCCUCUGGGACAUUGAAAACACGCGGGCUGUAGUCAACAACUGGACAAGCGACGCGUUCGCUGAAGAAAGAGACGGCAUCCUCGGUACCUUCGUGGGAACCGAAGGAGGCCUGAUACGGUACCACCCGGAAAACAUUGCGGUGUACCUGAUCCACGAAGCGAAUCCACAAAAGGCAGCCUACUUUAGGCGAGCCCUCUACGCAGAGGACUUCGUUUUCCUUAUCAGUAACGUCAAGCGAAGCUGGGGUUUGAAUGCCACCCAAGAACAUGUCAUCAUAGCGGCCAAGGCGGUCGACGUCUACAUAAAAAAGGCAGAGCUGAUGCCGGCAGUCGUAGGCCUUUUGGUAGAAGAGAGAAUUAUUCACGAGUCUCUUAUGACGAUGUCUGCCAACGGAAGUUCGGGCGGCCACCUCCGUUGUGCUGACGAGGACUUCGUAAUCUGCUACCUUCUCGACGACGGCGGCUUCAUUAUCACAUCAAGCGGUGAUGAUCAUGCUGAAAAUGUAGGAAAAUUCGUCGGAGCAGUAGACCCAGAACUUAUGGACGACAUGCUGAAGAAAUCAGUAUAUUUCAAGAUUGAGGAACUGCAUACAGAGUCUCGAUGCCCACGAGUGCGGAAGUACACAGCAGGAGCGAGGUCGUCCAUGUUGCCUCUAAAAGACAUUUUUCACAUCUUCGACAUCAGCUGGGUGUUAGACGCGGCAUCUUGGCAACUACUCAAAGUCUGGAUAUACACGUGGUUGUGGUCGCUGACGACCCUGGGUGCUCAGUCGGCCAAGGUGGCCCCCAAGAGCUCGUACGCGCCGGACGACUACCGCGUGUGCACCACCAGGGAGGCCCUGUACCACUUCGGAAACCGGAGCAGUUACUUCAUGAGCAGCCUGGACUGCGGGAACUGCUCCAGGCAGUACGGCGUGGGACGAGUGGGCUACACAAACGUGAUCCUGGUCAUAUCGAAGAUGCCGUGUGCUCCAGUAUUCUGCGAUCCACCACCGACACCUUUACAAGCACCCAUUGAAGUUGAUGACCCGGCGCCCUGUCAGCAUCCACUUCGGUAUCGACGGCGCCCCGACAAGUGUUACGCCGACCAUGCAAAGGAGGACUACCGUGUUUGCGGACGAGCCUCCACCUCUGUGACGUCAACAGUGGCACUGAUCUCGUCAGCGCUGGCCCUCGCUGCUUCCGCCGUCUUGGCCGCACUGUGAGAUCCGGAGUGCUACCAUGUGGACGGUAGGACACUGUAGAGCCGAUCGUUCGCCUUUCCGCUUCGAAGUCACAGCUUCCCCCAGGCACCGGAGUGACACGUCUAUCUCGCAUCGCCCCGAAAAAGAAGAAAAAAAACCCUAAAAGACAGGCACCGACAGACUCAGCUACUCGAAAAACACUCUAGCGGCGGGUGGUUCUUCACGUGGUGGUGCCGUCGUUCGUUCACUAGGAGGAGUCGCCGUUACCCAAGACAAGCCAGGCCGCGUCCCCUGAGAAGCGGUCGUGGUGAGGUGAUGACGUGGUCCGGAGGCGACCACGCCGUGACACGUAUACUUGAUGGUGUCGGGAACAAGACAACUGGGUUCGUGCGCUCUCCGGUGACGACGCCUUCCGGACAAGUCCCGAAGGAGAACAGCCAGUGGUGCUCCAGUGCGCACGUCCGGAACGAACCCAACUCGAGA